AGAAGGGGAAGGGAAGGGGGACGCAAGGGUUAAGAGAUUGCUUCUGCUUCAACUUGCUUCCACCUGACAGAACAAUUUUCCACGUUAUCUGUUCUGCAACCUGAUGUGAAGAUUGUCCCACCAUGGCUCUUCGUAAAAAUACCCUUUUGCUACUUAUUCUUAUAUCGUCAUUUUCAAUAUUCAUUGCCAGCAUAUCUGACAUUAUCUCAGUGAACAUUGAAGCCAUUGAAGCCAAUGCAAAUGAAAGACAAAUUGUUCCUGAUGGUGCCGGCCUUGUCAUGUCCAAUUCACCAGAUAAUCUAAUGUGGUUUUUGCAGGUGUCUGACACACACAUCAGUAUAUUCCGUGAUCCAACUCGCCUGUCAGAUUUGCAGAGCUUCUGUCGACUGACCAUCCCAGCCAUAAAGCCAACUGUUGUGCUGGCAUCAGGUGACCUUACCGAUGCAAAGGCAUCAGACAAUAUGGGGUCUACUCAAUAUGAACAAGAGUGGAUAUAUUACAGGAAUCUUAUUGAUAAAUGCAACCUAGGCAAUCACACGACAUGGCUUGAUAUUAGGGGAAACCAUGACAGUUUUAACAUUCCUGAUGUCAAUUCUUCACUCAAUUAUUACUAUCAAUACUCUGAGCAAGGAAGAAAAAACCCUCGCUCCUAUUUGUUUCAAUUAUCAAAGGGAAAUACCAAGUACUCGUUUUUAGCUGUUGACGCCAGCCUUACACCUGGACCAAGGAGACCUUUUAACUUUGUUGGCAUGCUGAAUGCCCAAGAAUCAAAUCACAUUAAAAAUCUAAUGCAAGAAAUUGAAGUUUCAGGAAGCAACUACACAAUUUGGUUCGGCCACUAUCCAACAUCAUGUAUCCUCUCAAGUGUAUCUGAAGACAUUCGUAGUCUGAUUGGCAAACAAUCACAGUCUCUUGCUUAUUUAUGUGGACACUUUCACACAUUUGGUGGAGCUGUACCUAACAUGUACACCCUUCAGAAGAAAGGUUUUCUUGAAUUAGAAUUAGGAGAUUGGAUGGAUAAUCGAUUGUUCCGUCUCUUGGCAAUCGACCAUGGAUUACUGUCUUUUGUUGAUUUGAAGCAUGGUGAGUGGCCAGCAAUUCUUGUAACAAAUCCAAAACAUGCCUUAUACCAUAUGACUAGUCGGGAACCACAAAGCCUUACUCCAUCCUCAACACAUGUUCGCAUCCUUGUUUUUUCCUUGGACAAAAUCCAAUUGGUACAAGUACGAUUCAAUGAUGGGGAUUGGUUAAAUGCCAACCAUGAGAAAGAUGCCCUGUAUACAGUUCCCUGGACACCAGAUGCAUAUUCUUCUGGAAUCCACUCUUUGCAUGUCAAGGCAGUUGAUGUAACUGGACGGCAUCGUACUGUCACUCAUCCAUUUUCCAUUGAUGGUACUCGGUUAAGUUUCAACUUUCUGCCCCGUUUUGUUUUGAUGUCUAAUAUUAGUGUUGUUUUUCAGGUUUUAUUUGGCACUUUAUUAUUUAUGUGUGUAGUACCAUUAUGCAUCUUAAAAUAUAUGCAUCAUCAGGUGAAAGCCAAGAAAAUGGAAAGGCCUCGAUUCCGGAUUCCUUACUUUAACCUUUGGCUCAGAAGAUUAUGGGUUCUUUCUAGUGUUGAUCGAAUAUUUUACCCUCUGACCAUUUACGCUGUUUAUCUAACUGUUGGCCCCUGGUCAAUUGGUGCCAUUGUUGAGGGUCACGUUGGAGUGAUAUUCGCUUGGGGUAUCAUUAUUAAUGGUGCAUAUUUGCCAGGAUCUUUCACAUUUGCAUAUGGCUUUCUUCAGCUGUUGCUUGUCCAACUCCCACUAACUCUGUUACUCUCCUGCUACUUGCACAGAAAAUUGCUCUUGAAAAUAAAAGGUAAACCGGAAAAGUUUAAAGAUACCUGGUUAAGUCAAACAGUGUUUGCUGCUUUGCUAACUUUUCAAACCAUGCUUGCAUAUAUGUUUUGGCUUGCGUAUGGAACAAUGGCUUUUAUCCUGGGUCCAUUGCGAACAUGGUCAACCAUAAUGAGUGUUUUCCUUUGGUACCAAGUUGUCACUCUUCCUGACCAUUGUUUAAAGGAAGCGAGAGAAAUUUGGGAUCCAAAGAGGAAAACUGGAUCUGUACCUGAAGAAAUUCCUAUAAGUGUGAACCCAUCAGCUAGCUAAGUUAAGUUUCUAAUCUUCCUAAUUUUGUGAGGCUCCGAGCAGUUUAGAUUAUCCAAGAGCUUCUCAUUAUUCGACUGUUUGUUCUAUCUUUUAUAUCUAUUGGGCUGUUAUUAUUUAGUUAAGUUAAUGGUAAUUUUGUAUUUUCCUUACUUGUAUUUACCUGAGCAGAUCCUGUGAUGCAUAUUAACUAAAACUAUUUUAGAACUGAUUCUAUUUGAUGGAAUCAAUAUUGAUUUAUGGACAAGUUUGUAUUUUUUAAGUGUUCAUGAAUAUCCAGUCUAGUCUACGGUCCAAAGCUUAUCUUAGGUUUUGAGAUCUUGAGAUUGAGUGUAGUCUUUUUUUAGUUUGAUUUUACCCUGCUCUCAUAAACUUUGAUACUUUUUGCAAAGGGAAACCUACCAGUAGUGUUAUCCCGAGAGUAAUUUAGUUUUUGAAGGUUGUCUGCUAAUGACUGUGUAAGGAAAAGCUUUUUCCAUGCAAUUAAAGACUGACCCUAUUCCAAAGUCUCUAAAUACAAUAUAAUGGAAAUAUAAUAGCUCAGCUAAGACAACUAACUGAAUUUCAGAUAAGGAACAGGUUUGAUACAGUGGUCAAGCUGAGAUGUUGCAUGUGUAUUUUAUUACAUGAUUAAAAUAUUUCAUUAAUGAUAA